GUGUGCUCAUUAUGAAUGUGUAGUUACAUAACACCAUAUAAUUCCCUUUGUGCUUUUUAUUUUCCUUUUUUCUUAGGUUUCGAGCUUCAGUUCCGGCUGGGCCCAACUCUACAAGGGAAAGAUGUGACUGUGUAUUCUAAUUACCCCCUGCCCGGGGGCAGCUAUGAUCGCCAUAGUUUCCACCCCCUGCAGUGGCACAAUCCCACAGGGCGUCAGGAGGAUUCAGACAAGUUCUGUAAAUUGGACCUGCAAGUUGCUGGCUCCUUCCAGUACCGAUUCCAGCAGCAGGAACGAUCAAGUGGUGAAGGUUAUAUUGUAGUGGACCCCAUCCUGCGAAUUGGUGAGGAUGACCGUGUGCUCCCUCUGGACUGUAUCACCCUACAGACCUUCCUCUCCAAAUGUCUGGGACCUUUUGAUGAGUGGGAGGACAGACUUAGAGUGGCCAAAGAGUCCGGGUACAACAUGAUACAUUUCACUCCCCUUCAGACCUUGGGGAAGUCUCGCUCAUGCUAUUCUCUGGCCGACCAGCUGCAGCUCAACCCAGACUUCUCAAGGACGGGCAAAAAGUACAGCUGGGCUGAUGUUGGGAAAUUAGUGGAAAAGAUGAGGAGACAUUGGGGUGUACUGUGUAUUACCGAUGUGGUGUAUAACCACACAGCUGCUAACAGUAAUUGGAUUAAGCAGCACCCAGAGUGUUCGUAUAAUCUGGUGAACUCGCCCCACCUGAAACCUGCUUGGCUACUGGACCGGGCUCUCUGGCACUUGACGUGUAAUGUGGCAGAUGGGAAAUACGCUCAGCGGGGUCUCCCAUCAAUCAUCCAGACUGACCAGCAGCUCAGUAAUAUACGAGGGAUUAUGUGGGAGGACAUUUUCCCUAAGCUAAAGCUUUGGGAAUUUUACCAGGUGGAAGUGGAUAAAGCUGUGGACAAGUUUCGAGCUCUGCUCACCGCCGGGGAGAGGAAGAAAGAAGCGAAGUCUGAACCAAAACAUCUGGUGAUAAUUCAGGACCCGCAGUACAGGCGCUGGGGCUGCUCCGUAAGCAUGGACACUGCGCUCAGCACCUUCAUUCCAGACAGUAAUGGUCCUGGUGCUAUUGAGGAAUGCUGCAGGUGGUUCCGCAAGAGGUUGGAAGAGCUAAAUGCUGAGAAACACAGGGAGAUAAACUUCCACCAUGAGCAGGCAUUGAACUGCAUUCUGGGUACUCUGACAUAUGAGCGUUUGGCAAAUAAUGGACCAAAACUUGGUGCGGUAACCAGAAAAGAUCCGCUUGUUACUAGAUACUUCACCUUCCCUUUUGAGGAUAUGUCACAGGACGCAGAGGAGCCGCUGAUGCACCGUCCAGAUCGUGCUUCCUAUUUCAUGGCGCACAAUGGCUGGGUGAUGGGCGAUGAUCCACUGCGCAAUUUUGCUAGUCCGGAGUCCAAUGUCUACUUGCGACGGGAACUGAUCUGCUGGGGGGACAGUGUGAAACUCAGGUAUGGCGAUAAACCAUCUGACUGCCCUUACCUCUGGGAUUACAUGAGGAAGUACACUGAAAUCACUGCCAAGCACUUCCACGGGGUGCGCCUGGACAAUUGCCACUCCACCCCUAUCCAUGUGGCUGAGGAGAUGCUGACUGCCGCACGGUCGGUCAGGCCUAAUCUUUAUGUGAUCGCUGAGCUCUUCACUGGCAGCGAAUAUAUAGACAAUGUGUUUGUCAACCGUCUGGGGAUCACCAGCCUCAUACGAGAGGCCAUGAGUGCAUAUAACAGUCAUGAGGAGGGCCGACUGGUGUACAGAUAUGGAGGUGAGCCAGUGGGUUCCUUUGUACAGCCCUGCCUUCGACCUCUGGUUCCUGGCAUUGCCCAUGCUCUGUUUAUGGAUGUUACACAUGACAACGAGAGCCCCAUCAUGCACCGAUCUGCGUUCGAUUCUCUUCCUAGUUCUGCCAUUGUGUCCAUGGCUUGCUGCGCCACUGGGAGCACCCGCGGAUAUGAUGAGAUGGUGGCACAUCAGAUCUCUGUGGUAUCUGAAGAGAGGUUUUAUACCAAGUGGAACCCUAAUUUAACAGAUCAGUGUCCUGGAGAGGUGAAUGAACACAGUGGCAUCAUCGCAGGAAAAAAAGCCCUUAAUACACUUCACCAGGAACUGGCAGCCCGGGGAUUUCUUCAGGUGUAUGUUGACCAGGUGGAUGAAGAUAUAGUUGCUGUGACUCGGCAUUGCCCACAUACACAUCAGUCUGUUGUGGCUGUAUCCCGAACUGCAUUCAGAGACCCCAAAACCUCAUUUUACAGCAAGGACGUCCCCCAGAUGUGUAUUCCAGGGAAAAUCGAGGAGGUGAUACUGGAAGCGAGAACCGUAGAGCGGAAAUCUGAUCCAUACGAGCAGAGCACAUCAUUCAUUAAUGGGUUGCCUCAGUACACUGUAGAGAUCCGUGAGCACAUUCAGCUUACUGACAGCAAAAUAGUCCGACAGGCCGGCGUCGCCACCAAAGGACCCAGCGAAUAUGUACAGGAAAUAGACUUUGAGAACCUCACCCCAGGAAGUGUCAUUGUCUUCAGGGUGAGUCUAGAUCCCGCGGCGCAGAAGGCGGUAGGGAAGCUGCGCAGCCAUCUGGUCCAAUUCACUCCUCACUUUCGGUCAGGCAGCCUGCAAGAUGAACAAGCCUCUUCCAUCCUGAAAGUACCUUUGGCAACCACUUGUGCCAAGCUGACGCUGGCUGACCUGAACCAGGUGCUGUAUCGGUGCGAGGCUGAGGAGCAGGAGGACGGGGGCGGCUGCUACAGUGUUCCCAACUGGUCCCCUCUUAAGUACGCAGGGCUGCAAGGUAUGAUGUCUGUGAUGAUGGAUAUUAGACCCAAAAAUGACCUGGGCCAUCCCUUCUGUGACAACCUGAGGUCUGGGGACUGGAUGAUAGAUUAUCUCAGUAAGCGCCUUAUUGCCCGUGGAGGUGAAUGUGCGCAGGUGGGCGACUGGUUUCAGGAGAUCUUCACCUACUUGAAGAAAAUUCCACGCUACCUCAUCCCAUGUUAUUUUGAUGCUAUAUUAGUCGGGGCAUACACCACCCUCCUGGACGCUUCAUGGAAGCAGAUGUCUAGCUUUGUUCAGAACGGAUCUACUCUAGUAAAGCAUUUGGCUCUGGGGUCUGUGCAGUUGUGCGGUGUAGGGAAGUUCCCGGCUUUACCUGUCCUUAAUCCUUCUCUGCAAGAUGUUCCUUACAGACUCAACAACAUCACACAGGAAAAAGAGCAAUGCUGCUCCUCACUAGCGGCCGGGCUUCCACAUUUCUCAGCUGGAAUUUUCCGCUGCUGGGGAAGAGACACGUUUAUAUCUCUAAGAGGUUUGCUGCUGAUUACAGGACGUCAUGUUGAGGCCAGGAAUAUUAUCCUCGCAUUCGCUGGCACACUAAGACAUGGGCUUAUACCCAAUCUGCUGGGCCAAGGCACAUAUUCUCGGUAUAAUUGCCGUGAUGCAGUGUGGUGGUGGCUGCAGUGUAUACAGGAUUACUGUACAAUGGUCCCAAAUGGUAUAGAGAUUCUACGGUGCCCAGUGUCCCGGAUGUACCCUACAGAUGAUUCUCCCCCGAUUGCUGCUGGGACCGUGGACCAGCCGCUGUAUGAGGUCAUUCAAGAAGCUCUUCAGCGCCAUGCUAGCGGAAUUCAGUUCCGAGAGAGGAAUGCUGGGCCCCAGAUUGACCGGAACAUGAGGGAUGAAGGGUUUAAUGUAAGCGCUGGAAUAGAUCCUGUAACUGGCUUCGUAUUUGGAGGGAACCGUUUAAACUGUGGAACAUGGAUGGAUAAAAUGGGGGAAAGUGAGAAGGCUCGAAAUAAAGGGAUUCCAGCCACACCCAGGGACGGUUCAGCUGUAGAAAUCGUUGGUCUCUGCAAAUCUACUGUUCGGUGGCUUAAGGGUCUCAGUGAGAAGAAGAUCUAUCCGUUCAGUGGAGUCACCAUGCAACGGAAGGGGGGAGAGGGGAUUGUGACAUUCUCUGACUGGAACCAAAUGAUCCAGGAACACUUUGAGAAGUUGUUUUAUGUUUCUGAGGACCUAUCUGACCAUAACGAGCAGCGCCCAGACUUAGUUCACAAACGUUGUAUUUAUAAAGACAGUUAUGGAGCAUCUAGCCCCUGGUGUGAUUACCAGCUCCGGCCAAACUUCCCUGUAGCCAUGGUUGUGGCUCCAGAACUAUUCACUCCACAAAAAGCCUGGAAGGCUCUGGAGGUGGCAGAGAAGAAACUGAUGGGACCUUUAGGAAUGAAGACAUUGGACCCUGAUGACAUGGUUUACUGUGGUGUAUAUGACAAUGCAUUGGAUAAUGACAACUACAACCUUGCAAAGGGAUUUAAUUACCAUCAAGGACCGGAAUGGCUCUGGCCCAUUGGAUAUUUACUGAGAGCCAAACUGCACUUUGCUAAACUGCUUGGCCAGGAAUCCUACCAGAAAACUGUGGUCCUGGUGAAGAAUGUUUUGUCUCGUCAUUACACGCACCUGGAGAGAUCACCUUGGAGAGGUCUCCCGGAGCUUACCAAUGAGAAUGGUCAGUAUUGCCCCUUCAGCUGUGAGACUCAGGCCUGGUCCCUGUCUGUUGUGCUGGAAGUCCUUCAAGACCUGUAGAUUUGGCUUCAUGUCAUUGAGGGGGAGGCGAGUGGCCAUUUGCAUUACAUGAAGAAGCAAAUGAUCAACCCGGUUUCUAACGCUUCCUCUAGGGUGACAAGACAUGAGCUGAGUGGCACGUCUCAGGAGAGUGAAAACUACUGGACAUGCGCCAUUCUUUGCAUCACUUUGCACAUUUCAUGUUUCAGUCACUAGGUCUGACACUGGUGAAAUACUUAUUUUAGUUGCACAGUUCAGCAUUUUAACUGCUUUUACCAAUAGGUUUUUCUGCUCAUAAUAAAUAGAAUGAAGUAUUGGGGUACUGAGGUGACUACAGCCCUGAUUGGCGGUAUCUGCCAAGAGGUACCAGAGACUGAACACCACCAGGAUUCAUUACCCUUCUAAUGUUAUUAGGAUCCUAAAUAAAUGUGUACCCAUAGAUCAGUGCAUGCCUAUACAUGCAGAAUGUACGGUUUGGGAGGAUAAUAUUUAAUUUAACAAAAAAAGGUUGUGUCUAGCAGCAUGGUUGGAUUAGUGUGAAGCUUGGGUGGAUUUGAGAUGUUUUGUGGCUGCAACACCAGCUAAUUCGGUGCAGUGACAAACCAUCACAUAUAGUACAGCUUGUUUGUGAGAUUCUGAAAUAAAUAUCUAUAAAUAAA